CGUAUAAAUACAGCGGGGCGCAAGAAACAAGUCUUCAUUCACGAAUUGCAAAAGAGUGCUCAAGGAUACCCAACAGCACAAUGAUGACGCGCAAAGUUUAAAACCAAAACAAGACAUUAGCACUGACACUUAAAUACACCGAUGCGCUCACUGUGGAAUACUAAAUAUGCUGUGUGGAUAUUUGGAGACGAGAAGGAAUAAGACUGGAAGCUGAUUUUGCAGUUUAACCUUCACCUUUUGGAUAACCUGGAAUUUUGACGUGCUCCUGCACAUUGAAGUGACGUGCAGCGUGGAUAUACCUUUUUACUUUUCAGCGUUUGUUUUAUUGCAUCCUCUUACAUUGGAUUAGGCUCUUUCGGGGAAUAUAAUUGUGGGUGACGCGGCUGCCCAGGAGAAGCGAAAAGCAUGGCAGCUUGGCUUACCUUUCUCAUCGCAUUUUUCACGACCGUUUUGACGCAGAUAUUUGGAUCUGGUGUUUUUGAACUCGACCUUCACGAAUUCAAAAAUUUCAAUGGGUUGCUUGCAAAUGGCAACCUGUGCAAGCCUGACUGUAGGACUUUCUUCCGAGUUUGCCUAAAAAACUACCAGAUGGUCGUGUCUCCAGGUGAAUGUAUCUUUGGAAGUGCCAAAACGCCAGUGCUGGGGACAAACUCAUUCAGUAUAACGGGAGGUGGAUCUUUUAGCACACCAAUUCGACUGCCGUUCAACUUUGGGUGGCCGGGAUCAUUUUCAUUGAUUAUUGAGGCAUGGUACUCACCUUACGCGGAUCCACCUGUAGACACAAACAACUCCGACUUGCAGAUAAGCUUUUUUGCCAUCCAGAGAAGGUUGGAUGUAGGCACUGAAUGGUCUCGGGAUGUUCAAAGCGGGAAGCAGACAGAGCUAAGGUAUUCUUACCGGUUCAUCUGCAAUGAAAAUUACUACGGCGACAGUUGUUCCAAAAAAUGCACACCCAGGGACGACCGUUUCGGCCACUACACCUGCAACCCAGACGGGCAGUUAUCCUGUCUCCCCGGCUGGAAGGGGGAGUACUGCGAAGAACCAAUCUGCCUUGAAGGAUGCAGUGAGGCGAAUGGCAAUUGCUCCAAGCCUGGAGAAUGUGUGUGCAGAGAAGGUUGGCAGGGUAAACUUUGCACUGAGUGCAGAAAAUACCCAGCCUGCAAACAUGGCACCUGCCAGCAGCCAUGGCAGUGCAAUUGUAAAGAGGGCUGGGGUGGACUUUUCUGUGACCAAGAUUUAAACUUUUGCACUCACCACAAACCAUGCGUGAAUGGAGCCACAUGUAUGAACACUGGUCAAGGCAGUUACACCUGCACCUGUCGGCCAGGUUACACCGGGGUCAACUGUGAACUGGUGGUGCGAGAAUGUGACAGCAGUCCAUGCAAGAACGGAGGUCUUUGCACAGAUCUUGAUAAAGGUUACAUCUGCACAUGUCUGCCUGGUUUCGAGGGGACUUACUGUGAACACAGUCUACUUACAUGCGCAGACUCGCCAUGCUUUCACAGUGGCAGGUGCCAUGAGAAGGACAACGGGCGCAGCUAUGCAUGUGACUGUCCCAGAGGCUACACGGGUCUAAACUGCGAGAGAAAAGUGGACAAGUGCACGACUCUGCCAUGUGCCAAUGAAGGCUUGUGUGUGGUCCUGGGCGGCGUUCGCAUGUGCAGCUGUCGAGCAGGCUUUACGGGCCAGCGCUGCGAGAUCAACAUCAACGACUGCGCGACCAACCCCUGCGCCAACGGCGGAACGUGCUACGACCGCAUCAACGACUACGUCUGCUCCUGCGCCCCAGGUUACGAAGGGCGCAAUUGCGACCGCCCGUCAAACGCCUGCUCGUCCAGACCCUGCCUCAACGGGGGCUCCUGCGUCGGCAUCCCGGGAAAUCCACCGGCGUGCUUCUGCGCCAGCGGCUUCACCGGAGCUCACUGCGAAUACUACGCGGUCACGGCUCCCGUGACGAAAGAAGAAACGCAGGAUCGCUUCCAGUGGUUCGCGGUUUCCCUGGCCGUGGGUUUGGUGGCCAUCUUGGUUCUCCUCUGCAUGGUGGUCAUUGCCCUACGCCACAUUCACAGGCAAGCGUCUGGAGAAAGGACUCGUGGCGAGGCAAUGAACAACAUGUCGGAAUCGCAAAAAGACAACUUGAUCCCCACCUCCCAGCUGAAGAACACUAAUAAGCAGGUCAGCCUCGAGGUGGACUGCGCACCUGAGAAAUCGAAUUACAUACACAAGAACUGUCACUUGGACUACAAUUCGUCGAAGGAGUUAAAGGACAUUGUGUCUCAAGAGGACAAAAGUCAUAAAUACGAAAAGUGUUUAGAAGAGAAAAUACCAUUGAGUAGAAUGUACAGGGAAAAGCCAGAGUGUAGGAUAUCAACGAUAUGUUCCCCAAGGGACUCCAUGUACCAGUCUGUGUUUGUAAUAGCAGAGGAGAGGAGUGAAUGUGUCAUAGCAACUGAGGUAUAAAUUAUAGGCAGAUGCAUAUCAGGAGAAGAGACAAAAACACAAUCAAGCAAAAUCUUUUCUGGAUUGUUUACAAAACUACUUAAAAACUGGAGAUUUAUUUUGAUGUUGCUACACUGCUGCACUGAGAAACUUGAGAGACUGAAGCGAACAGAGCUCUGCUCACUGAAUGCAAUAGUUUAGUUUUUCGUUAAACAAGUGUUUGUGUACAAACGUGUACAGUCCUGGAUGAUUUCUGAACUCUUCUGCUACGGUAUGUUUUCCCCCGUGGGCUGAAAGGAAAAGGGACGACUUCUGAAGUAUAUCAAAGACAACAAAGGAUCCCUAUUUCACGGUAAUCAUGGACGCGGUGUCCGCCAAUUAAUCAGUGGGAGGUGCCAGGGACUUCCAAACCUUCGACCAGCAUUGCCAGCUAUGCAAGAAUAAGGGCAGCACAAAUCAUCAAAAGUUACCCAUACAAAUCAUGAGAAGAAGCAUUAUGAAUGUCUUAAAGAAUCAUUUAAAAAAGGACUUUUGCUCUCUUCUCUGCAAUAAGAUUGUAAGCAGCUAAAAAAAAUCACGAAAAAGCCUUAAAAGAAUUAAGCAGAGUGCUACGUUUGUGCCCGGGGUCUUCUUGGAUUGUUUUUGGGACAAAGGAAAUAGAAAAUUUGAUCAAUGUGGAAAGCAAAUCAACCCACAGAACCGUGCCAGCACCAUCCGAGAGGAAGUUAAAAUGUGACUUCUUAUAUGCAACGUGGCCCGUGAUGAAGAAAGGACAAAAAACGGACAAACAAAGCAACUGCUCACCACUGACUGCCUAUAAUUAGUUUUGAGAAUACAGAACCAAUAAUGUAAUUUUUUAAAAAGUGAUUAUUUCCAGAGUUAAUUUAAUAAUGACACACUGCUCUUUAUAUGUUUUAUACUAUUAUUUUGUAUAUAAUGCAUAUUUAUAAGAAACCAAACAUCUGAAGAAUAAAAAAGUUAAUUCCUUGAAA